UCUCUUGGGUGAGGCAGAGUAUAAUAUCCUGGGGAUCUCCCCGUGCGGCACAGACGGGCCCCCUUCUCGCCCUCGUUCUCCUCCCUGUUCCGGCAGCUCGACAAUCUGGAUUUGAAUUACUUGCUUCUCAUUUCUUACUAUUAAUAACUUUUUCCCUUUUUUUCAUGCGUUAUGUAAAAACCAAGAGUCCCCUACUUCUACUACUAUCACCUCUGUGUUCUCAGGCGUCUGGCGGGCUUCCCGAGCUUCUUUGAAGUUUGGUCAGGAGAAAGCCAUGGCGUGGGCGUACAAUACGCCUGACGGUACGCCGAACAAUGGGCCAACCAUUGUUGCCGUUGCACUGUCUGUGACGGCGCUGGCUCUUGUCGCGCUGUGUCUGAGGAUCUAUGUCAGAACGAGGAUUACAAAGGCGGUCGGUCUGGAUGACUGGUUGAUCAUUGCUAGCUGGAUUGGAGCCUGCGGGUACACUUCAGCAACUGUCGUCCAAACGAAAUGGGGCCUCGGGCUGAUUGAACUCGAUACCAUGCCGGACGAAAAUGUCCUCAACUUUGGCAAAACGCAAUAUAUCGGCGCGCCGUUCUAUGUUCUCGGCAUUUGGGGCUUCAAGACCAGUCUGCUCGUAUCCUACGUCCGUUUGGUACCUGGGACGUACCGACUGUUGCCCAUCUCGAUUGCCGCGAUUGUUACAAUGGCACAUAUAGCCUUUAUGCUGGUUUUCUUGUUCCUGUGUAUUCCGGUCCAGAAGCAAUGGGAGCCUCUGGUGCCCGGCCAUUGUGCUGAUGCGGUUCCCUUUUACCUCACAUUCUCGUCUUUGACGAUCAUCUUUGACGUAAUCACGCUCGUCCUCCCCUUUCCCGUCCUCCUCAAGCUCCAGAUGAAGAUCCGUCGCAAAAUCGCCCUCCUAUGUCUCUUCGCCUUGGGUCUCUUCGUCACCAUUGUCCAAAUCAUCCGCAUCCAAACCAUCAGCAACCUCUCCAACUACCUCGACUCCGCCGAAGCCAUCAAGUGGUCCAUUGUCGAGACAGCCGUCGGUAUCAUCAUUGCAUGCGUGCCCACGCUCGCGCCCCUCGUCACGUACUUCUCCGAGAAGACGCGCAGCGGUGGCAGCAGCGGCAACACGCCCGCCAGGCCCGGCGCUGAGGGCCCUUAUGCACUGCAGUCGUGGCGGGCGACGAAGAGCGGCAUGAGGCCCUUGGGCAGUACCGCCGGUGGAGAGAACGGGAGCGAGAAGAGCACGGAGAAUAUCUUGCAGGGGCCGGUGGCUUCGGUGAGCGAGACGAGCGAUACGAGUGAAGUGCCUGAGCCCCGAGGUCAGGCUGCUUCCGGUGCGAGCAGGAGUAACAACUGAGGGUGAAGGUAUAAGGUUCUUUUUUUGCUGUAAUACUGCUUGCGGGUUAUCGAGUACAGGGAUGGUUGGUUCUACUUUUGUUUGUAUUCAUGAAAGUCGUCACGAUAAGAUAUAAUACCCAAGAUACCCCCCUAUCACGGUUGACUGUUAGUAC